GUCGGUAGAAAGAAAAGAAGUAUGGUUCCCGGUUAGACAAGUCGGCAAUCGGUACGAUCAGAUUGCAUAAAAGCAAAUCAUAAUAAGUCACGUGGCACAGUUUUGUCAGAUCCAAGAGAAGAAAUCAGAAAAAGAACUUGAAACGAUGCCGUACUACACCAGAGACGAGGACGAAGUCGACGAUUUCGACGAGUUCGAUCCGACGCCGUACAGUGGAGGCUACGACAUCACCGUGAUCUACGGCCGUCCGAUCCCUCCUUGCGACGACACUUGCUACCCUCUCUCCUCCGCAGCGGAUGAAGAUUUCGAGUACGAGAGACCUGAAUUCACCUCGUACCACGAUCCUUCCGCCUACGCCGAAGAAGCUCUCAACACCGAGUACAGCAGCUACUCCCGCCCCAAGCCCCGUCCCGGAUUUCGACCCGGUUCAGCCGGUGGCGGUCAUGUCCAAGGUGAGAGACCCGAUCCCAGUUACGGAUCCGGAUACGGUGGAGCGACGGAGGCUGAGUACGGUAGGAGACCUGAAUCUGGAUAUGGUGGGAGAUCGGAGACGGAGACCGGAUACGGAUCCGGGUAUGAGAAGAAACCGAGCUUCGGUGAAGAGAGGAGCGAGUAUGAGCGUAAGCCUAGCUAUGGAAGGUCUGGGGAAGAGGAAGGAGGUUACAGGAAGCCUAGCUAUGGGAGAUCUGAGGAUCAGGUUGAGAGCUACAUAAAGCCCACCAGCUAUGAAAGGUCUGAGGAACAGGAGGAAGGGAGUUACAGGAAGCCUAGCUAUGGCCGCAAUGAUGACGAUGAUGAUGAAGAGCGCAGGAACCGUUCUGGUGAUGAUGAGGAAGGCAGCUAUGGCCGCAAGAAAUAUGGUGGCAAUGACUCUAAUGAUGAUGAUGAGGAGAAGAAGCAGCAUCGUUACAAGCAUCACCACCACCAGAGGCGCCGUGAUGAAGAUGAUGACUAAAACCUUCUCUCAGUACUGGAGAGUGUUAUGAUCAAGUACUUUUGCUUAGCUUCAUCUUACUAAAUAAUAAAAAAGCUAAGGCAUUUAUCUUUGGAUGUUGUUGUUGCGUUUGUUUGAUUCUCUUUGGAUACAGCAGAGUCUGUGUCUGACUUUGUUUCUGGUUCAUAAUAAGACCUUGAACUGAUAUCGGGUCAUCAUCAUGUAAAAAGUAAACUGUUGUUUUUGUUUUCUCGAUAUUAAAUAUCAAAAGUCAUUGCCGAGAAGUAAAAAUAUUUUGUGGUUAAA